GCCUUCCGCGACUGGUGGCUCCGUAGAUGGGACUCGAGGGAGAAGAACCAAAAGUAUCCGUCCUCGGAGGGAGCCUCCUCAACCCACUCGCGAGAUGAGCAAAAGUGUUGGUCAUCAUGCUCAAUGCGCGCCGAUCGUUCAAAGCAAGCCGGACAAGACGACCCUCAGCCGUCAGUGCGAGACAUGCAAAUCCACUACACGUUGCGUUGGAUAGCUGUUGUUGUUCUUUUUUGUUUGCUGUCACGGAACAGGCAUCUGCCUUGCUGCUGGUCCUGUAAGGCAACCGAAUCAAAGGGCGUUCGGGAACCACUCGAAUCCGCCGUCCAUCGUGCGAUGCAGUCAACCAGUGUCUCUGUUUCUCUUGUCCACCGACCGGUCCUUCGUCUCUUGACUCAAAUCUCAAUCUUUCCGAAGCCUCUUUGA